ACGACAAUUACGGAAGGAACGUCCAUUGAAUUGGUUUCAGGCAACGAAACCAGAAUGUAAUACUCAGUAUAUUCUGCCCAAAGAUGACUCAUGUCUUUUGUGGAUUUGAAUUACUUAUGUUCAAGAGAUUCCAGACUUGUCCAGAGCAAUGGAUUGAAUUGAAAGAGACGCUUCUUCAGAAAGGUGAUGGGGCUGACCCGGAACACCUGGGGAAAAUUCCCCAGAGUCUCUGGUUCCUGUCAGUGGCACUUCACAAACGACCAGACUUCUUACUGCAGCUCAUUCGGGAAGAAACUGAACGAGAAAAGAGGAAACAACUCAGAAAACCAGGAGUUACACUGCUAUGGACCUAUUUGAAUAGCCACAAUUUCACAGAGUUCCACUUGGACAGUAUUUUCAAAUAUGGGGAUGACAACAAGCUGCCAAAGGAGAUUUUUAGGUGUCCCAAUGUAAAAUUCUUGUCCUUGAAGUAUAACUGCCUGGAAAAUCUGCCGUCCGACAUUGGUCGGAUGCAGCAGCUGGAAUACCUGGCCCUUACUAACAACAAACUCCAGGUGCACUCCAUCCCCUAUACUCUAACCUUCUGCAGCAAACUCCGGACCAUCCUACUGGACAACAACAUACUGGACGCCCUCCCAGGAUUCCUCCUGAAAAUAGCAUCCAUCAAAACUGUCCAUCGUCAUGGCAACCAUAAUUAUUUCAAAUCCACUUUCAUGUGGUACCACACAGAUGUUGAGUUUCGGAUAAUUCCCGUGUCUGGGACGAACACAUUUGGAUCCAUGGAUCCUCAGAGCCUACAGUUCUGGGCAGCUAAGGCUGUGAUUGGGUCUAAAAUAGACUUCUAUAAGGACCCGUCCGUGGCCCUGGUGUUGAAGGACUAUAUAUCAGACAUUUAUCACUUAUUUCGAGUGUGUCAUUUCUGUUCUACUGCCUGCCUUCCCGACCAAAUAGGUUACAAGGUGAUCACCUUUAAGAAUCCGUACCUAGGAAACACUUGUGUGCCAUUCCAACACUGGGCCUGCUCUAUCAACUGUGCCAAAGCCUUAGAAGUUCCAGCUCGCAUGGAACAGAUCCAAGCUGCCCUUCGCCUGGAUAGUCUUUACGAGGAGUAUGUUGAGGAAUGUACGCAAGUAUUCUACAACACCCGCCAUAGCAAGGCAGUCUGUUCCUGCUUCACCUCUCGCACAACAGAAUAUGUGCCACCCUUGAACAAAGAAACAUGGCUUGCUGCACCCAACUCCCCAGGAGCCCGCGGGAGCUCCAAGAACAACCAGUGUGCAAUAUCCUGAUGCCUUGUACAUAUAUGUCUCAAAUAUAUAUAUAUAUUUACCAUUGAGCUGUAUUGCUCAUAAAACAGUCCAAGCUCCACAACAUUCCUGAUUUUCCCCAAAACACCUUGUUAAUUGAUAUCAGUGGUUGAGUUGUUAAAUUGCGCUAGUAUAUAUCUGUGUGUAUUUUGUAAAUACUGCGGUUGUAAGCUGAAAGCAUUAUCGAAUAAGUUGUACAAAUUUUUCUAAUUUUAUUUUUCAGUAAUAAUAUCAAUGACCGCAAGUUGUUGUUUUUUUCAAAUUGUUUAUUGAGUCACGCAUUUACAUUUUUAGUUUUAAUCCACCAGCAUUUGGAGUAGUAGAGCAGGGAUUCCAGAUAACUACUCCCAGAUGUAAAGCUGACAACAGGGAAAUAGUCGUUCACAAACAGCAGAGUAAUCUGUAAUUAUGCUGGCUUUUAUUGUCAAAUCAAUUUUGCUGGUAGAUUAUGAUUGUUUCUAGCCUAACAGUUGGGAGAGUUUGUAGAUCUUUCAGGAGAAACUUAAAAGUAUGUUUUUCACCCUGGAAAAUGAGUUGAUUGGACAUGUUUAUUUGACAAAUUUUUCGACCUUCAGAUUUUUUGGACAUAACUUCAGCAAUGUUUAACUGACAAGCCCUGGGUUGUUGUUUUGAAAAUAUUUUGUGUUAGACCAAGGUUUCCAGACAUAUUGAUGAAAAAACCUUUAAAUUAUACUUAUGAAUCCUCUGUACAAAAGUGUGCUAUGUACAAUAUGCUAUAUAUGAGUAUUUCCUACAACUGGGACAUUUUUCCUGAAUUAUUGAAUUCAUAGUCGGGCACUACUGAGAAAAGUGCAAAAAUAAGACUACUGCAAAAAUUUCUGUAAAAAUGCAUGUUUUUGUGGUUAUCGUAUUUCACUGCUUCUCACAUAAAAAGCUUUCCUUAAAAUUAUGGUUACGCAAAUUGAACAUUCUGUAUAUUGUUUUCUAUGACAAGCACUGUUGUUGUUGUGCCAAUUCAUCAAUGUGCUAAUCUGUUCAAAUUCAGUUUCACGCUAAAAUUUAAGUCCGCCAAAAUAAACAUAUUUACAGUACCUGGGAUACAGUAGUCCUGACCAGCCAGAGGUGACAAAUUUAACAUCUUAUACUAACGCUUGUUUGUUUGAUGUCCAUGGAAUAAUCUGUGUAGAUUGUGGUGUGGGGGAAUGGAUGAGAGAGAUUCUUUGUGAUAUUAGGAUUGUGGUGUGGGGGAAUGGAUGAGAGAGAUUCUUUGUGAUAUUAGGAGACAAUCUCGGAGGCAGAAACUGUUUCAAACGUUUCCAAAGAAAUAGAGCUUUGUUAUCAGCACUAGUACCGUAUUUAUCCUGAAAUAAGCCCCCUUCCCUAGUGUAAAAGUUUAGUACUGUAUUUAUCCUCAAAUAAGCCCCCUCCCCUAGUGUUAAAGUUUAGUA